AUGCGUAAACUCUACAAAAGCCAUCUGAGUGACUUAUCCGAUGAAGAAAUUCGUGAUGCUUUACGAUUUAUUCACGAAGAACAACGAUAUUCGCAUGCAUUUUACGAUCGACCCUCCCCCACUCGCACGAGUAGCGCUUUUGUAGCCUGGCAUUAUACCCACGCUGCUAGGGCGCUGAUUCUUCGAUACAUCUUCACAAUCGCCAUAGAGUUGACCUUCACUGAGUGCUUAGAGGCUCUCACCUCUUGUGAUUGGAAUGUAGAUGAUAUACUCCAUUCACUCCAAAAUCCAAACGGUUUCUAA